AGCCGUUUAGAGCUGGCGGUUGGAAACCUACCCGAUGGUCCCUCAUUUUAGUGACAGUUUGAAUUUUGUUGAAGUCUUGGUUGUCCGUUGUCAAGAUGAUCGACCCGAUGACAAGAAAAGAAAUCGUCCAGAACCUCCAUUCAGCGAUAGACUGCGAAAUGACCGACCAGGACGAUAAAGCGUAUCAGUUCUAUGUCGAAAGCCUGUUGCUAGUCGUACAAUCUUUGAAACAAGACACAUCUGUAUGCAAUCUGACGAUAAAGGACAAAUGUAAUCUAAUUGAAUUCGCUAAGCAGAGCGUUGGCAGAGUCUGCAAACUGCUGCAAAAAGAAGAAUCGGAGCCUGAAAGAGAUGUAAAUCGUUCACAUCCUUCUGCUCCAAUCCUGCCGGAAGUAGAAGACAACAUUGAUACACCACCACCAAAUUUAAAGCCUUUCAGUCAAUCAGAUUUAGAAGAACAGAAACUCAUGGCGCAGUACCACAGGCGAUACAAUCUUGCGAGUAGCACUGUGGAGAAACAGAACCUCGAACUUGAACUCGCAAGGGAGCUCGUUGAGAAAGCUGCCAUCACGAGGAACAGACUCAUGCAAGCGACAGCAUGGGCGAUGGAAACCGCCCAUCUGAAGUUUUGCAUCGAUGAGAAACUAAAAGAAGGAAGGCUUACAGACAGUGAUUUUAAAAUGCAACGACUCUUUGCAAUCUCUCUACAGUUCAAUCAUGGAAGCAGUUGGAUCACACAGAUGGCCUUCGAGCUUUUUCUGUACCCCUAUAACACUAAGAUAGUCAGGAAUGUAUUGGAAAAUGUUCUUACUGACAACUCACAUCCAGUAAAAGCAACUAUGAAUAAAAUGCAACAAAAGGUGGAACAUAUGAUUGACUUGGCAAAGAGGAAUUCAAUAGCUGAAGGCAAAGAUAUCAUGAAAUCCUUUGAUUCAAUUAUAGAAGCUAUAAAGACAGAUUUGAAUAUAAUCCUGGAAGUGGUAAAAGCACUAUUUGAACCACUAAACACAGACAAAAAUAUUUCAUUGACUUCUGAAGUAAUUUUCCACGUCUAUUUUUCUCAGUUGAAACAGGAAAUCAUUUCAUUAUUGAGGCUUGGAUUGAAAGAGGUUGAGAGCAAAUUGAAUGACAGAAUCAAAGAAAAUAUUCUAAGGAAAGACUCCGACAUUUCGCCAGCGUUUGAACUGUCAGAAACUUGCAAAGAAGCUAUCACAAAACUCCAUUAUAUCACCACCCUACAUAAUCCUUACGACAUGCUCAGCUGUACAGUACACAUAUUCAGAAUUCUCGCAAAUUCCGAUUUUGACAAGAAACACUGUACUUCCAUGGGUGCCGACGAACUCUUGCCAAGGUUGUGCCAAGUGGUUCUUAUGAGUGGUCUUCCCUCCAUAUGUGCCGAAGCGGCAUUUAUGGAAUAUUUCAUGCCCGUCGAAAAGGCCCUUGGAGAAGAAGGCUAUGCAGUCACAAUGCUGCAAAGCGCCAUCGUCCAUCUUACAAAUAGUUAAAAAUAGAUUUAAAGAAUACAUUUAAUAAUAAUUUAUGUUUUAUUCCAUUUGAAAUUAUUGAACGUAAAUUUUUUACAUUUAUAUUCUUAUGAAAUUAAAAAAAUAUAUAAUAAAUUUGACUCAUUUUUAAAACCGUAUGCAGAUGUAAACUACUGGAUAGUCAUUGCAGGCUUUACCUUACAAUGUAUUUUCAUAUCUAUAAAUAAUAAAGGUGUGUUAUCAGUA